GGGUAGUUGUUCGGCAAAUCGGUGUCAAAUAGUAGUAGAAUCUUAUAUUGUGUUAUGGCUUCUGAAAUUUUCCUUCAUAUUCCUUAACCCCUCCAAAUUUUACGAAGGUUUUUUUCCCCUCUGUUUUAAACUCAUCAAUUACCAAUUGCAAAAAAUAAGAAUCUCAGAACGUUUUCCAGAAUGGAUGGAUACAUCAAAUUAGCGGUCAGAAGACUCGGAGACAGAGAAGACGCUUCAGAGUUGAUGCGGUUGCCUUAUGAUACGUGUUGGUCUGAUCUAGAAUGUAUGAUAAAAACUGCCUUCAAUUUUGGAAAAGUUGAAAUCAAGUAUAUUGAUGAAGAUGCAGAUAUGAUUAUAGUAAGCAGCCCUGAAGAACUCUUUGAAGCCUUCACAAUGGCCAAGAGAAAUAAUGACGAACUUGAAUUACUGAUUAAUUCCAAUGAAGUCAAUGGAGUGGAAUUUGUAGACUCUAGCAGCAAUCCUUUUGCUGGCAAGGACUCCUCUACACAAACAAACCAGCCUGCAAUUGUAGAUAUGAACUGUGAGAAUAACACUGUCUUAACAAGAGAUGAAGAAACUGGUGCAGUUAUAAGAUCCAAAGCUGUACCGUCUUUGAAAAAUUUGUCUAUAAGCCGCCCGGUUCUUCAUGAUUAUGUGGCACCAGAAUGUGUUGAAACUCAACCAGUUACUGACACAGCAGAACCUAAACCAAAUAUAUCAUCAUCUCAGUGUGACUCUGAAUCUGGAGAGAAGGCACCAACUUCUCUGUCUUCAAAUUCCAGUCAAGAUUCUGAUACUAUACCCCUCAAUUCUCUGACUCAGCUAUUGAAACAAUUGAAGCAGGAAUUGAAGUCAGAAAUUGUGCAAGAUGUAAUGACAAAAACUCAAGACUCUGUUUCAAGUACUACCAGUACCACCCAGACUUUACCUGCUGAUUCUCCAUAUCAAUUAUACUGGCAUGAAGGAAUCAUUUGUGAUUAUUGCCAGCGGACCAUUGUUGGGGUUCGUUUCAAAUGUGGCAAUUGUCCAGAUUAUGAUUUGUGUGAACAGUGUGAAAAUCUGACGAGUGUUCAUGACUCUACUCAUGUAUUCUUAAAGUUGCGGCGUCCUUGUCAAAUUGAUACAGAAUUGCAACCGUUGUUACGUAGCAUAAUUUAUAAACCUGAGGGCCACAAUUAUUCUGCUGCUAUUAAUUUUUGCGAGCCAGCCAGUGGAGAAUAUGAAAUCAUUCCAGAUGAUAUGCGACAGCAUGCCAAGUUGUCAAAAUGUCAAGUCAAAAUGGCCAAGAUGCUUAACAAGAAGAAGAAAGAAGAAAAGCUAAUGGAAUUGCAGAUGAAGUAUGAUGAGAAAUUGAAGCGAGCUUAUAGACAGAGUUGUCCCAUGAAAAAGGAAAGAAUGGAAUUAAGGAAUUCAUUAGGUGCUGCCUUUGUGUGUGAUGUUACUAUUCCUGAUGGAACAAAAGUCCAGCCUCUUGCUAGGCUGUAUAAAACCUGGAGGAUGAAGAACACUGGAAAAUUUGCUUGGACUGAAAAAACAGUUAUGCGAUUAAAGUCUGGUAAUAUCUGCCCUCUUGCCACUGAGGUAACUGUCCCUUUCUUGCAACCAGGCGAAAAAGGUGAUGUUACUGUAUGUUUAAGUGCCCCAGAACAACCCGGUAAAUACCUAAGCUAUUGGAAAUUGUGUCAUUCAUCAGUUUUGUUUGGACCUCGUGUCUGGUGCAGCAUUGAAGUAGUACCAAAGCCUGCAGACAAAUCUGCACUGGGUAACUACACACUCCUGAAAGAGGAACUUGGUGAUUAUCCUGGGAGUGAAAAAAGCCAAUCAGCAUGUGUUGAUGGUGCAAGUGUGCCAGCUGCUGAGAAGCAGAUAGAGGAGGAGUCAGCACCAACCAGUGCCACCAUGACCAAGAAAGGUGACAAUGUUGAAGUAUUAAACUCUGUUGUGGCAGGUGCUAUGGCUAAGUUGACGAUGGAAUCACCAAGUGUUAAUUGCCAUUUGGGGCAAGACCUACUGUCUUUUGAGAAUUUGAAUAUGCACAGCCGGUCUACACCAAAGGCUUCUCACACAGCCACCCCAAAUAAUACACCAUUAGAUGUGAGCCCUCCCAAGUCACCUACCCCUGAUAUGGACCAGCUUACAGUUUCCAACAGCAGCAGCAGUAGUAGCAGCGUGGCAUUGUUGCCUGAUGAACUUGAUACAGACUACAAUCCUUUUGCAAAAGAUUGGGCACAAAACUUUGGUAGUUUCUACCCUAAAAGAGAUUUGGAAGCUGAUGUAGAAUCACUUGAUACCCUGAGUGAUGAUGAAUUGAGUCAAAGUGACAGCGACUUCUACAUCGUACCACUACCAGACUGUUUCGAUCCAAUGAAACCCUUGCAGCCAAGAACAUCGGAAGGUGCUGGGUCAAGUGAACCUCACUUGGAUACAGAGCUUGGACAAGUGGACAAUAACCAUAACACCAUAGUUAGCAAUAACAACACUGAACAUUCACCUGCAUCUGCAGCAUCUGUGGAUGAACUGAUGACCUGUGCUGAUGUUAACUUUCCUCCGCCUCUUUUGCACCCAACAUUGGCAAAUACAGACUGCAAUAAAGAAGUGGAAGCUGCAGCAGGCGGCAAAGCAGCUGCCUCCUCUCCGAGCGGUGACAAUGUUAUGCAGCCAUUGCUUGCUCAUUCAGGCAUUUCAGCUGCAGGUGCUGCUGCAGCUGGGGACUGUGUUGAGACCACUUCUAACAGGAGAGCCCACCAUCACUACCACCACCAACAGCAGCACCACCAACACCUCCACCAACAACAGCAGCGGGAACAUCACCAGCAACAACAACAACAGCAACGGGAUCAGCAGCAACAGCAGAUGCGGGAGCAUCAACAACAGCAGCAGCAGCAGCCACAACAGCAACCAGCAGCACAGCAACAGCAGCAGCAGCCACAACAACAAUCUGCCGGUGCACCUGCUGAAUUGGGCCACUGUGCCAUGCCGCCGGAACAGCCUACAACAGGCCCAUGCGACAUUAAUGCAGCAAUUGCUGCCGACAGAGAAGAUCCUUUACACAGGGAUACAUUAGCUUCAAGCCCAAUUUUUCUUCCCAACCCACUAACCACAAUGGCAGUACACGUCGCAUCAAAAGUAGUACAUGCAUAUUCUACUGCUAAAGAUGCAUUUUAUUCUCUCCAAGCAAAGCCUGUUGAUGGUGUAAUUCAACAAGGACACUCUAAUAUGGCAACCAAUUCUGCCUGGUCUCCGUCUACCAGAAAGCACGAUGGCAAAGAACAGUACUGUCCUGUUUGUAGUGUUGUUGGUUGUGAGAAGCAUGCUACUAACGUGAACAGCAACAGAAAUGGUACUGGUGUUGAUGAGACAGACUGUGUCACUUGUCUAAUUGGUAAUUGUUCAAAACACUCUGACCAAACAGAUUCAAGUAAAAGCCGAGAAGCCACUGAAUACAAUGGACAGAAGCAAUGGCCAAAACCUCACUUUCAGCGUGAACCUCAGUCACCUAUGACCAAACUGAUUGAGAUGGGAUUUGCUAAUCGAGAGCUUAACCAGACCUUGUUGGAUAAACACAACAAUGAUGUGCAAAAAGUAGUGCAAGAGAUUCUCAGUACUGAAGAUUUAAAUAAUUGGUCGACCAAGCGUCAUUGAUAGCCUCUUAUCUUUUAUUGUCUUCUAUUUGCUGUUUUAUAUAUAUAUAUAUUUUUUUUUUAAUGAAA